ACCGCCGAAGCUUCUCUUGACGUUUUCCUCUCUCUUUGAAUUUUAGCCAGCCGCGCAUUGACUUUCUUUACCGUGGGUAGUGUUCGCCUCCAAGGGUUUAGCAGGGAGCACCUGAGGCGAAGGACGAUGGACGAACAUGGACCCUAAAAUACCAUAAACAACACAUAUUUAUUUUAACGAGUAUUUCCGAGGUGCUGAGGUUAGCCAACAAGCUAGUCAACGGUGGUUAACGGUCACUGGAGACUUUACCGUGGACGCCACCUGCUUCCAGAUUAGAAAUAUUGUAUUGACAGUUGAACGUGAGCACACCUCGGACGUGGCACCAUGAGGCUCUUAAGAUUUUUGAGGAGCAGCGUGUCGAUAGGGAAGGACAUUGACUUUUACUCCAAAUUUUCUCCUUCCCCUCUUUCCAUGAAGCAGUUUCUUGAUUUUGGCUCAGAAAACGCAUGUGAAAGAACCUCCUUCGCCUUCCUCAGACAGGAGCUCCCUGUGAGGCUGGCAAACAUCAUGAAGGAGAUCAACCUGUUGCCCGACAACUUACUGAGGACUCCAUCGGUCCGUCUGGUCCAGAGCUGGUACAUGCAGAGUUUUCAGGAGAUUCUUGAGUUCAAAGACAAAAAUGCGGACGAUGAGAAGGUCACCUAUGACUUCACUGACGCGGUGAUAAAAGUCAGAAAUCGCCACAAUGAUGUCGUGCCCACCAUGGCCCAGGGGGUGGUGGAGUACAAGGAGGCCUACGGGACCGACCCGGUGGUCAGCCAGAACCUUCAGUACUUCCUGGACCGUUUCUACAUGAGCAGGAUCUCCAUCAGGAUGCUGCUCAACCAGCACACUCUCCUGUUCGGUGGAAAGGUCAAAGUGAACCCAGCGCACCCCAAACAGAUCGGCAGCAUCGAUCCACACUGCUCCGUCAGUGAGGUAGUCAGAGACGCCUACGAAAAUGCCAGAAACCUCUGCGACCGCUACUACAUGAACUCUCCCGAGCUGGUGCUGGAGGAGUUCAACGCCAAAGAGCCGGGUCAGCCCGUCACCGUGGUCUACGUCCCGUCUCACCUCUACCACAUGGUGUUCGAGCUCUUCAAGAACGCCAUGAGGGCCACCAUGGAGCUGUAUGGCGACGGGAUGGAGUAUCCAGCCGUCCACGCGCAGGUCGCUCUGGGAACCGAAGACCUCACAGUGAAGGUGAGCGACCGUGGGGGCGGCGUGCCGCUGCGGAAGAUCGACCGGCUCUUCACCUACACCUACUCCACGGCCCCCCGGCCCAGCUUCGACGGCUCCCACGCCGCUCCGCUGGCUGGCUACGGCUACGGCCUGCCCAUCUCCCGGCUCUACGCUCGCUACUUCCAGGGCGACCUGAAGCUUUACUCUCUGGAGGGCUACGGAACCGAUGCGGUCAUCUACAUCCGGGCCCUGUCCACAGAGUCCAUCGAGAGGCUUCCGGUGUACAACAAGUCGGCCUGGAAACAUUACAAGACCUUCCACGAGGCCGACGACUGGUGCGUGCCCAGCAAAGAGCCCAAGGACAUGACCACGUUUCGGAGUUUCUAAAGCCAAAUAGACAGGGUUUCUGUAGCAGUCUGAGUCUGAGUGUGUGUGUGUGUGUGUGUGUGUUUGAUGAAGUGGAAAGGAUAUAUUUAUACAGAAAGUUUUCAAGAAAAAAAAAAAAGAUGUGGCAAAGUCUUAGUGCCAUACAGUGUUUAAUGUGUCGUUUUGAAAGAACAGAAAGUGAUCGAGACCAGGUUUCUAUAACUCCACAAAAGUAAAAACCAGUUUAUCAUCAGUAUUUAUUAGAAGUCUGUGUAUUUAACCCAUGCCAAAAAACAGUUAGGGCAUUAGUUGAAAAGAGUUUAAAACUCUUUGAGUGUUGAAUAGAGUUCCACUGGGCUCUGGGGGCUCCUCCUCUGAGGGUGUGGCUGAACUGGUCCUUGAAGGUGUGAGUUGGUGGCAAAUAUGUCGUGCUGCCAUUAAGACUCAGGUUUCAGUUUGCAGCUUUGUUUUGCUUUUCUGUCAGCGUCUGCAGCCUCUUUUUUUUUUUUUUUUUCUC